GACGACGACAGCAGCCUAACUGUUCUGUUGUAGCCGACAACGUUUCAUGUCAUACAAAUAAACAGUAUAUUCUACAAUGGAUCCGGACAAAUCUAGCCCGUCCCCCUCCACCCUCCAGGAGUCCCCAGGUCGACCGCCUCCCGGUACUUUACUGCUGGGUCUGGUCGACUGCAGGAAAACACCGGGGCAGAGUGGAACUGAGAGAGGAGAAGGAGAAGAAGAACAUGGAGAUUUGAUUUCAUUAAGUAAGAACCAUGGGGACAGCCCUAAUCAUUGCUGUCUCAGUGGGAGGGGCUUAUCAUCUGGGGAGCCUCAACAACAUCAUGAUGCUGACAAGACAGAGAAGAAUCUCUCCAGAUCAGAACACCUCAAGAAACACCAGCAGAGACAUAUAGGGAAGAAACCUCACCACUGCUGUUCUGGCUGUGGGAUGUGUUUUGCUAAACAGAAGGAAGUGAUCAUUCACGAGCAGAUUCACACCGGAGGGAAACCGUACCACUGCUCUCAAUGUGGGAAGAGUGUAGCUGCAUCUAAAACCUUACAAUCUCAUCAGAGAAUUCAUACAGGGGAGAGGCCUUACACCUGCAUUGAUUGUGGGAAAUACUUUGAUCAAUCAGGAGCCCAGACUACACACAAACGUAUACACACAGGAGAGAAACCUUAUAGCUGUAAUCAGUGUGGGAAGACCUUUGCUUUAUCCGUAAACCUAACCACACACCAGCGAAUACACAUAGUAGAGAAUCCUUAUAGCUGUGAUCAGCGUGGGAAGAGCUUCAGUCGAUCAGGAGACCUGACUACACACCAACACAUACACACAGGAGAGAAGCCUUAUAGCUGUGAUCAGUGUGGGAAGAGCUUCAGUCGAUCAGGACAUCUGACUAUACACCAACGCAUACACACAGGAGAGAAGCCUUAUAGCUGUGAUCAGUGUGGGAAGAGCUUCAGUCGAUCAGGACACCUGACUAUACACCAACGCAUACACACAGGAGAGAAAAAUUAUAGCUGUGAUCAGUGUGGGAAGAAUUUCAGGACGUCAGGACACCUGACUAAACACCAACGCAUACACAAAAAGAGAGAAGACUUAUAGCUGUGAUCAGUGUGGGAAGAGUU